GGGCUAGUCGAGACCCAGCAAUGGCGGACGAUGGCACUGAGCGGGCCGAUGGCCGCAUUGUGAAAAUGGAAGUGGAUUACAGUGCUACCGUGGACCAGCGUUUGCCCGAGUGCGAGCAGAUGGCCCAGGAUGGAAGGCUUCAAGAAGCAAUUGAGACUUUGCUGUCAUUGGAGAAACAGACUCGAACUGCUUCUGACAUGGUGUCUACAUCUCGCAUUUUGAUUGCUGUAGUAAAAAUGUGUUAUGAAGCUAAAGAUUGGGAUGCCCUUAAUGAAAAUGUUAUUAUUCUAUCAAAGAGAAGAAGUCAGUUAAAACAGGCUGUUGCGAAAAUGGUCCAGCAGUGCUGCACUUACGUUGAAGAGAUCACAGAUCUACCAAUCAAAUUGCGAUUAAUUGACACACUGCGCAUGGUUACAGAAGGAAAGAUCUAUGUUGAAAUUGAGAGGGCUCGGCUGACAAAGACUCUUGCAACAAUAAAAGAACAGAAUGGUGAAGUAAAAGAAGCUGCCUCAAUUUUGCAAGAACUUCAGGUGGAAACAUAUGGAUCAAUGGAAAAGAAAGAGCGUGUGGAAUUUAUCUUGGAACAGAUGAGACUUUGCCUGGCUGUGAAAGACUACAUUCGAACCCAAAUUAUUAGCAAGAAAAUUAACACCAAAUUUUUUCAGGAAGAAAACACAGAAAAACCAAAACUGAAAUACUAUAAUUUAAUGAUUCAGCUGGAUCAGCAUGAAGGUUCAUAUCUUUCCAUUUGUAAGCACUACAGAGCUAUUUAUGAUACUCCUUGCAUUCAGGCUGAAGGCAACAAAUGGCAACAGGCACUGAAGAGUGUGGUUCUUUAUGUUAUCCUAUCACCUUAUGAUAAUGAGCAGUCUGAUUUGGUGCAUAGAAUAAGCAGUGAUAAAAAACUAGAAGACAUCGCCAAGUAUAAAGAUCUUUUAAAAUUAUUUACUACUAUGGAAUUGAUGCGCUGGACUGUCUUAGUUGAGGAAUAUGGAAAAGAAUUAAGAGAAGGAUCUCUAGAAAGCCCUGCAACAGAUGUAUUUGGUUAUACAGAGGAAGGUGAAAAACGAUGGAAAGAUUUAAAAAACAGAGUUGUGGAGCAUAAUAUUAGAAUAAUGGCAAAAUAUUAUACCAGAAUUACUAUGAAGAGAAUGGCACAACUCCUGGAUUUAUCGGUUGAUGAAUCUGAGGAGUUUUUAUCCAACUUAGUGGUGAAUAAGACCAUCUUUGCAAAAGUAGAUAGGCUGGCAGGAAUUAUCAACUUCCAGAAACCCAAGGACCCAAAUAACCUCCUCAAUGACUGGUCUCACAAGCUCAAUUCACUGAUGGCUCUAGUUAACAAAACUACACAUCUCAUUGCCAAAGAGGAGAUGAUACAUAACCUGCAGUGAUAUGCCUCAGUAGCCUUAAUGCUUUAGGGAGGCAUUGAAAAUUGGUCAUAGAAAGAGACUUUAUGCUACUGCAUAUUUGUUUUUGGGUUUGUUUGUUUGUUUCAUC